UAUCAUUGACGUCAAAAUUGAUGGAAGAAGGAAAUAUUUUAAGGAUGAUCUGUUUAAAGAUUACUUACACCAGGAAAAAGACAUCUUUACUGAAUUAAUUGCUCUUAAGCCUUGUAUAACAUUUGAAUAUUAAGAAGCCAAAUCUGUGCCGUUAAGCCUCCCCUUAGCGCCAGUAAAUUACGGUAUUGAUUUGGCACGAGACAAACUUCGUUAUCCAUCAUUUUUUUAUCAAAAAUCUUAUGUAACUGCCUUCUGACAAUUGUUUGAAACUGAAAUCCUUGGGAUAAUAGAAAAUAUUGGUAGUACCGGUAAAUAGAACUCACUUUGCAUGUAACAUACUGUUACAAGGAAUUUAAUAUUUGAUACUGUCAUUUGAUGAAAUGUUGUAGGAGCAGAUGUUACAUUGCACAGAUAUUAUUGAUGUAAAUGAAAGAAUAAUUGUGAGGAAUACUAAAUGUGUUGUUUGAGGCCUUUUUUGUUAAGUGUGAAUCAUCAGUGGAAAAUUUAUUUCUGCGUGAAAUAAUUUCAUGUUUAUUUGGAAUAGUUAUGAAUUGUGUUUACUGUAGAAUUUGAUGGGUUGCUUAUACAAAGAGUAACCAUGGCAACAUGUAUGGAUGAUUCGUCUCCAGGGCAAGGAGUUGCAAGCUCAAAACCAGAAGAUCUCAAUUCAUGUAUACAAGACUGUCAUGUGGCCCUUAAGUUGUUCCUCAAUAACCGUUUUACAGAAGCCAAGAACAGAAUGGAACCAUGUAUUGACUGGAGUAUGUACCAUGCCCUGGGAUACGGGACCAUCAUGUAUAUACAGGCUGUGAUGACAUUUGAUAUGAAUGAUAUAGAAGCAGCAAUACAGGCUAUAAAGAAAUCCUUGGUUGUUUGUAACAAACAGAGAAGGAAGAUCUCAAUGUUUGGUUCUUUCAGUAGAGAGGCUAGCAAGGGCAACUAUACAGAACUCACUGAUGAGGAAAUCCAUGCAGAACUGUGUUAUGCAGAGUGCUUGUUGAUCAGGGCUCUGCUUACAUUUAUCCAAGAUGAGAACCUCAUCAGUUUUGUUAAAGGUGGUCUCAAAAUACGAGAAUGUUACAAGGUCUACAAAGAUUGUGCCAAACUUUUAGCCAACAGAAAAUUUGAAUCAGAGAAUCAAAAGACACAUUUUGAGAGUGGAGUGAAGAUGGGUGUUGGCUCAUUCAAUCUUAUGAUAUCAUUAUUACCUGGCAAGAUAUUAAAGUUGUUAGAGUUUGUUGGAUUCUCAGGGAAUAAGCAACUGGGUUUACGUGAGUUGGAGCAUGGUAGUGUUCAGUUCUUCAGUCUUCGAGGACCUCUGUGUUCAAUUAUACUUAUAGCAUAUCAUACAGUUGUUAGUUAUGUUUUAGGUUUAGCAGAUGGAGAUAUAGAAAUGGCUGAUAAAUUGUUACAGCCUUGUUUAGAACAUUAUCCAAAGGGAGCAUUGUUUCUGUUUUUUGCUGGAAGAGUUGAAGAAAUAAAGGGUAACAUAAAUCAGGCAAUAGAUAAGUUUGAGGAGUCGAUAGAGUCUCAGCAAGAAUGGAGACAGUUUCAUCAUCUGUGUUACUGGGAGCUCAUGUGGUGUCACUGUUUCAAGGGUGACUGGUUGAUGGGUAUGAAGUAUGCAGAGAUACUGUGUAAGGAAAGUCGGUGGAGUAAAGCUACAUAUACAUACCAGAAAGCAGCGUUCCUCAUGAUGUGUGAGAACCAGACAGAAGAUUCCAAGGAACACCUCAUUUAUCUAAUGGGGGAAGUACCUAGAUUAAAACAAAGAAUAGCUGGUAAAUCAAUACCAAUAGAGAAAUUUGCUGUGUUCAAAGCCAAAAGAUAUGCUGAGCAAAAUGGCUACCUUACCCUUCCAGCACUGGAGUUGAUCUACACAUGGAAUGGUUUCAAUAUCAUAGGAACUAGACAGGAUCUGUUGGAACCCAUUAUGGUUACUGUUGAAACCACCAUUAGCAAUAUACUCCAAAAUAAAGAAAGUUACAUGAACUAUAUAGAUGACUACUGCCUUGUGUUGUUGUUGAAAGGUGUAUGUCAGAAGUUCCGAGGCCAGUUUCUGCAGGCAGAACAGUGCUUCCUGGAAGUUAUUGAAAAUGAGAAAAAGAUAAAAUAUGACACUUUCCUCCCUCCAUAUGCCACUGUAGAGUUGGCGAUACUUUGUCUGGAGCAGAGACGGCUGCAGCAUGUGAAAAUGUACCUAGAAAAAGCUAAGAAGAACUACAAGGGUUAUCUAUUGGAAUCCCGUUUACAUUUUCGUAUCCAUGCAACCAGACUGAGUCUCAGUCAGCUGGUAGAAGAGGGACCAAACUCAGAUGUUCUGAAUUUAGGGGAGAACAGUCCUGAAGGGGAUAUCACUCCAGAUACUCCAGUGAAAGAUGGUACCUGGUAUGACAAUACUGGUGAUGAUUUGACUAAUACUGAUGAUGGUACCAAUAAAACAAAUGGUGCCAUGGGAGUUUCUUGAUUCUUGGAUGUGUGUAUUAGGACUCUAUGAGAAAUUGAUAUGUCACAUGAGAAGUAGAUUUACAGUACAAUGUACAGACAAUGUUCGAGGAUGUUUUGUCUGAAACAAAUCAGCAAAAUACUGAUGCCUGGCUUCUCAUGGUCAUCAAAGUUGUAUCUUCAGACAGAGAUUUAUUUAAUGUUAAAACCCUGUUUUUGGUAAUUUACGCUCAAUUUUCCAAGUUUUAUAGACUUUCUUAAAGUAUUAAAUUAGGGAACAUAUAACAUAUAGUAUCUAUGAAAGCUGUAGUAAAUUUCUUAUUUAUUCAUAUUCUGUGAAACGGGUAAUUCUGCAAUGCUUGCCCCCUUUUUCUUGUUGGGUUUAAUGUCACACAGUUACAGGUCAUCUGACAACUUUUCAGCUUUGGUAGUGGAGGAAGACCUCUGUAUAAUUGCAGGCAUGGGUAAGCAUAUAGGUAGAACCACUCGCCAGCAGGAUGGCUUCCUCACAUACAAGAAUUCUUCACCACAAGUGAGGUUUCAAGCCUGUAGCAGUUAAGGGCAGGUGGUUCUAAGUAUCUCCCUUGACUACUCUGCUAUGGGCAAUUUAUGAGGAGAUACCAGCCAGCCUUUCUUUCAGAUAUAAAGUAAUUAUGUAAUUAUGAAUUCAUCACACUUAAUAUUUCAGUCCAAUAAUGUUUAAAUUGUUUGUUGAUAAAAUAUUGUUUAUUGAUUUUUAAUUUUUAGUUUUUACCAAAAAUUAACAUAUAAUAAAACAUAUUUACCAGACCCUGAAAUUACAUAAGUAGAAUUUGCUGAAAUGGACCCAGUUUAGUAUUUUUUGUCCCCUAUCCUUGUUUCACUGGAGGAGACUUUCAGUAAGUCCCCCCCCCCCAUCUAUUCAUCUUACAGUUAGGUAAAAUGGGGUCCUGCAUUAACUUCAAAGGUGUAAGAUAUUAUUUCAUGAAACUUGGUACAUGGAUAGCUGGCAGUAUGGAGAAUAUGCGUGUCCUUUUAUAAAAAUAUUUCUAAAAAGUGGAUUUUGUGAUAAUUUGAGUAUAAGUGAUUUUUUCUUGACAUUGGUAAAAUAGACCAAAGACAAUGUGGAGUACAUAUUUAUUAUUGUAUAAUUUUCUUUGUUUAUCCUUCUGUCCCUCCAUAUGUCAGUCACAAAAUAAGAUUUUUUUUCUUCAUGAAGCCGGAGACAUAGAAAGUAGAACUUAAGCGUGGACUUUUUUUUUACAAAUUACUUAUACUUUUGUCAAUGGUUGUCAGCAGGAACAUGCUUAAUUCAUGAUCAUUAAUUUCUCAGAUAUAAGUGACUAUUCUUCACUGCAAGUUUAAAGCAGUUCAUAUAGAAUGUAAUUACACAGAAAUGGUCAAGUGUCAUUAUGGAUGCAGUACCUUAAGUGGCAAUGUUUUGAGUAAUAGAAGGGUAUUUUUGUAAUUGCUCAUUGCAUCUAGUCUACACAUCAUGUAUCAUGUCUCUUCAAAAAUUACUUCUUACAUUUUUAUUUGUAUUUUUUUUUUCAUAUAAAUGUUAUUUCAUAUAUUUUAUCAAAAGAAGUGCAGAACAGGUUCUUGCAUACCAAAUACAGUUCAGCUUUAUACAGUGAUUGUCUUCUUUAUCUAUUAUAAGCUGAUAACAUGAGAGUAAAUGGAAAUCAGUUUUGUAAUAAUUACCUCCCUUGACAAAUUGUCCAAAUAUGGAUAAAUGUAUAUCAGUUUUGUAAUAAUUACCUCCCUUGACAAAUUGUCCAAAUAUGGAUAAAUGGAUAUCAGUUUUGUAAUAUUUACCUCCCUUGACAGAUUGUCCAUCAUAUUUGGGUGACCAUUUCAGGAAAUGUUUUAAUUUUUCUGCAGUGUUUGUACAUAUCAUGAUACCUUAAUAUGUGUCAGUUACGUUAGAAAACGUUUUUUAGCACUGCACAUGGAGAAGUUCUCAUAAAGAAGAGAAUAAUUUAAAUGGUGGGAAUUAGGGAAGUUAAUUUGUGGUAUUAGAAAAGUCUCCAUAGGUUUAAACUAAAGUCAAUAUGAUUUUAUAGAUGGAUAUUAUCUGCUUAUAUAAAAAUGUACCCCACACAGUUUAAUGAAAUUGUUUAAUCCUUCGCUUUAGCCAAAAUGGAAAUUCUUUGGGACAUAAAGCCAUCGAUUCUUUAUUUCAUGAAUUAACAAAAAUGUAGAAUUUUUUUGCUUUUCUUUGGGUUGAUGCAAGCAAGAAAAAUAGUCCCUACGAAUAAUACUAAGUUAACAGUGUGUGAAAAAGGGAAGUUGGUCUUCAUUCAGUUUUUGAUAUUGCAUUUUAAGGUUAAUUUGUAGUGCACACAGAAUCUUUUUCUGCAGUGUUUGAUUAAUUUAAUUCUAUUAAAUAUAAUAAAAUUAUCUCAAUACUGAUGAUAUACAUUUGUAUCUAUGGUUAUUUAAGAGAUUAUUUUAGGUUAUAAUUAGAGAUAUAUGUCUACAGUUACUAGUUUAGUUAAUAAAAUACAAUUACUAUUAUUUAAUAAUGCCUUGUAUUUGAAAAUUACGUAAUUUGUUAAUUGACUUAUGUUACUCAUUGUAUACCACUGUGAUAUUUUUUCAUGCUGUAUUGUUAAGUGUCGGCUCGACUAUUUGAAGAACAAGAGCUGUCGGAGGACAGCAACGCUCGACUAUUCAACAGCCUUGUCAAUUGAAUGAAUACAAAAGUUGAAAAAGGGGCAUAAUUUUGUAAAAUGCAAAGUAGAGGUAUUGAACCUCUGUACUGCAUGUCAUAUCAUGACAGUGAACAAGUGUGUGAAGUUUCAAUCUUUUCCAAUUUGUGGAUACUGAGAUACCAGCUUACAUACAAAAACUUAACCAAAAACUGCUAUGUCAAAGGGGCAUAAUUUUGUAAAAAUGCCAAGUAGAGUUAUGGGACCUUCACAGUGCAUGUUAGAUCAUGACAGUGAACAAGUGUGUGAAGU